CCGAGGCGGGCACAAACGCGCGCGUUGAGACAAAAAAAUAACCCCGAAACAAAACUCUCCCAACUGCGUCUUGUGGGGAGGCUGCUUCCCGAGGGAAGGGUCUGUCUCUUUAAGGGCUCCAAGGGCUGGAAGCCGGGAAGGGAAGAGCGAGGCGCCGGGCUCCUUGCGCCUUGCCCGGGGGAGCCGAGGGCAGAGCUCGCUCGCUCGCUCACUCAUUCACUCACUCACUCACACCUGGGGCUGGCAGGCAGGCGGGAGGAGCGGCCGGCCUCUCUUCGGACUGAGAUUCUCUUUCCUCUCUCAGCCAAAGGAGCCCCAAGGAUCCUUUGGCCGCUUCUAAUAGGGAUGUGAGCAACAAAGUCCAGCGCAGAGGAGAAGCCCAAAGCAGCGGCAGCAGCAGCAGCGCCCUUGCCUCCCUUGCCUCCCAGGAUCGGGUCCACCUGCUGCUCCUCCGCCUCUGGGAGCCCCUGGCCUCUCUCUUCCUCCCUUUUCCUCAGGAAGCAAACAUGGAGAGCGGGGCACUUUCCAGCGCCCAGCAGCAGUUGAUCCGAGCCAGCUGGCAAAAAGUGAGCGCCAACCCUUUGGAGCACGGCAUGGUCCUCUUUAGCAGGCUUUUUGAUCUGAACCCUGAUCUCUUGCCCCUUUUCCAGUACAACUGCAAGAAAUUCUCUACUCCUCAGGAGUGUCUCUCAUCACCUGAAUUUUUGGAACACAUAAGAAAGGUAAUGUCAGUAAUAGAUGCAGCUGUAACUCACAUGGAAAAUUUGCAUUGUCUGGCAGAAUACCUUGCCAACCUGGGUAAGAAACAUCAGGCAGUUGGUGUGAAGCUUGAGUACUUUUCGACGGUGGGGGAGUCUUUGCUGUUCAUGCUGGAACAAUGCCAUGGCCCAGCUUUCAACAUGAAUGUACGUGAGGCCUGGACCAAGCUGUACAGUACUGUGGUGGAAACCAUGGCUUGUGGCUGGGACGUUCCUGGGAAGGUGGAAUAAAGCAGCGGCUGAGAUGCUUGAAGACUCUGGCUGUUCUGGAUCAGGGACAGCUUUGAAGAGAGAGCACACCUGCCUUUCCAGCUCCGUGUAUUUCAGAGUAAUCUCUUUCUCUCAACAGCUUAUAUCUCUUGUGUUUUCUUUUGCAUUUCCCAUGUCUCGUGAAAAACAUGACAGUGCUCCCAAAUUCCUCUACAUAUUGGUUUGCAGAGGGCAGGAGAGAGCCAGUUUGGAAUUGCAUUUUGAAGAGAAGCAGAGAGUGAUGUAGCUUCCCUUCCAAAAAGGCUCAUUACAGGUUUUUAUUCGCUAUUUUCAAUGAAUAGUUAGAAGUAUCUCCUAGGACAGAAAGGUUAUUGCACCAGCUAUUCCAUUAAAGGAAGAAAGCCUGAGGUUGUAACAGUGAAGUGAGCCAAUAGAGUGUGCAUUUCUUUGGGAUUAUCCAAGCGGUAUAGCUUUUAUUCCUUUAAAACAAAAACAAAAAAAACCCUCAGACAUAACUAAGCCUUCUCUUAGUUCAUCUGAGUUUAAGGUGGUUGUGUUUUUAAUAAACUUUCCCACAAAAUACAACUUGGAAAGCCAGUAGAGCUGUCAGUUUCCUGUGUGUGAAAACAAAAUCUUGUCAUGAAAUUUGUGACAGAUGUAGCAUUGGUCUUGGAAAGAGCAUCCAGAAUUCAUUCUGGUUUCAAGCCAAAGAGAGCUGGUAGCAUAAAAUCCAUUUCUGGGCAGUUGCCAUUUCUUUUGAAGCAUUUUAAAACAGCCUGCUGGGUGUUCAGCAGAAUCCUCUUAGCUUUUAUUUUUUUUAAUAUUUUGAAUGUUAAUUAAAUGCAAACUUCUUAGCUCUUGUUAUUGUUGUUGAUGAGCAAGGGACAGGAAUGGUGAAGCUCUUCACAUAUUGACUUCCAACUCUCCGUAGGCCAAACUGAAGCUGAUAUUGUGAAGGGUGCUGUGUGCUGUACAUCACCUUUAUCUGGAGGGCCCCAAAAUCCCCCCAAAAGCAUUAGAGAAUCUAAGCCAUUUUGUUAACUUUUGAUGUUUGUAAACAAGUUAGUUCAAUCAAGAUUCCACUUUGAGAGGAAGGUGACAUAUACAUUCAAUAAAAUAAACAAUCAGUUUCCUUACCCUGUCAAGUGCAUUGGACUACAAUUUCUGCUAUCCUGUCAGUCAUGUUGGUUGAUAGGAGUUGCAGCUGACAUCUUUACAGGAUUCCAUGAGGGGUAGGGUUCAUUUGAGGUCCCCGUCUUUUACUUGUUUUCACUGCAGGACCAGGUCCAUCAUAGAAAAAUUCUGGGUACGACUGUGUAGGAAGGCAAAGGGUAUGUCAUGCCCUGGGGCCAGGUCUAGAUAAGGCAGAAAAUUGUCCAUGAUAGUGAAAAGGAUUUUGAGGGUCCUUUUAUCAUUAAUAUAUGUGGUUGACCUUGGAAAGCUGGUUUGGUUUCAGAUAGUUCCAGAUAGAUCAAAAGUGAUACAACGGGUGAACCAGCUUUGUCUUGGACCACAACACACUUUUACAUGUGCUUUUAUGUACCAUUAAUAGGCUGAUUAAUCAGUCCUGUAGGAUGAUAAUUUUGUCAUUAUAUCUGAUAUGUGAAACUGUUUAAUCUUGUGGACUAAGUAGGGGUGGAACUUCCAGACCAAGUGGAAGCAGCUGCCGAUCCAGAAUCAUAUAUUUCCUUUAUGUGUAAGGAACAACUGUUUUUAUGUGUCAAAAAAUCAGCUGAGCAAUCUUUUCAUGUUUUGUUUAUGUACUGUUGUAUUAAAGUGUCCUUGUGGGAGAGAUAAUACACAUUUUUCCCAAGGAAAUUGUUUCGUGCUGAGAUUUUUGUCAUGCCCAUAAACUCCAGAUGGUUUAGGGACAGUUACUUUGAAAUAUGUCCGUAUUUCCACCAAAAAAAAAAAAAAAAGAUGUGUGUGUGUGUGUGUGUUUGGGGGGGGGGGCAUCCUAGCAGAGCAAGGAUGUCUAUAGUUUAAACAUAGAUUGGUUUUACGAUGCUAGUUUUAUAAUAAAGAAUUCAAAUCAUGCUCCA